AUGGGUCAUCAGUUCCCAGAAACCCUCCGUCAGGGCCAGUUCUCCGAUCGUCUCGCCGGACCGGACGUCAACUUGAACAAUGCUUGGGAUACUUACCCAAACGACAGCCGUGGACUCGGUCAAACCGACGCCAGGUAUCGCGGAUACGUUCUCGCCAAGGCGGAGUCUCGUAACGGCGACACACCCAGCUGGUCCCGAGCUAGCAAGCAGCCAUUGCCCGGGUCUGACGAGAAACUUGCAGCUAUGAGCAAGAAGCAUCGACUGGAGACUCGUAGAGGUCCUAUGGCGCAUUUCGCGGAGCUCUCUUCUAAGCAACAAGCGCUGAUCAAUCGCCUGAGGGGUAUGAUCCAACAAUCUGAGUGGGAUGCUCAGGCCGAAUGGGUCCUCGAAUGUGUGAAGAGGUCCAUAGUGCGCAAGAGCAUCUUUUCGCAAAAAGGCGAGACUCGCAAACUGGUCGUCAUCUUCAAGAAGCAGGACAGACAACUUACCAGACCUACGCAACGUCUGCCAUCUGCAGAUUUAGGUCAGAUUCCGCUGCGCGACAUCAUUGAUAUCAAUGAGCCUGCGGAUGUCGAUGGCCUCGAUUUCGGCUAUGGUCCUGGACGUGAUGUUCAUCAUGAAGGCCAGCGCCACGUUUUCGACGACCCGCUCCGUCAUGAUGUCUACCAUAAUCAUCGGGAUGUCUCGUACGAUCAGAACCGCCAGUUCGUUCAAGAACCGCUUCAUCACAACGACCAUCAACAACAGUACCAUGACCCUAUCCAAGGAGCUAUGCAAGGCCAUGACGACCAAUUCGACCAACCGUACGGAGGCCACGAUGGUGGUAUGGAUCAGAAUUUGGGCUAUGAACCUUUCGCCGGCGAUCAACCAGUGAAGAAGAAAGGCAAAAAAGGCAAGAAGAACAAGAAGGAUACAGGUUUGGGCGUGCAAGAAACCGACAACCAGGGUGCCUUUGACCAAGCAAUUGGAGACCAGCCAUACCAAAAUGGCCCUGCUCCUUACGAUGGAAACCCGUUCCAACCUGAAUCUAGAUUCAAUCAGCCUGGCGCCUUCGAACGACCGCCCGGCAUGGAAGCCCACGACCCAAGAUUCAGCGCCCGCAACUUCCUGCCCGACCAUCAUCUCUCUCAUUCGCAAUCUCGCUCUCGCUCCCGCUCCCGGAGACGAGACGCCGAAGCAGAAGAAGCCCGUCGGGAACGUGACAGGCUCGAGCGCAAAGUCGAAAGCCUGCAAGACAACAUCCGGCUCACCGAACGCCUCCACACAAACGAGAAAGCCAUGAACGAGAAAUUGAACGAAGUCAUCCACAAAGUCGACAACUGGAAACCUUUUCCCUCGCAGCAGCGUCCGGACAGCUCGUCCUCGGACCAUUCCCUUCGAGACCGCGAUCGCGACGGCUUCUGGAGCUCGCCAUCGCCCUCGGGAGGCUCUUUCACACCCCCUUCCUCUCCGCCUCUCUCCGCCGUUCUCGAAAUCUCCGGCGCCCCCCGCGGUCGUCGCAAAGUCUACCACCCUCCUCCUCGACAGGACCCCCGCGGCUACCGCAGCAAGCGCUACCAAGACGACCGAGCCCUCAUCGAACCACACUCCAGCGGCCAACAACGCCGCGUCGACUACCGCGACCGCGACGAGCGUCGCCGCAGCGGCAGUCUGGGCCGGGCUUUCCCGCCUGUGGUCCCUGGAGUCAGACAUUAUUAUUCUCAUCGUCGUGACCAGAGACCUGUGCUGCUGCAUCAUGCUCGGACGUAUAAUAAUGAUUAUCCUUCUGCUCCCGUGGCGGAUUUCCCGGCUGGUGCGGAGGCAUUCGGGGGUUAUGGGCAUUUGGAGGGGGAGAGGGAGUUUGAUCGGCGGAGGGCGAGGAGGGGGGAGAUGUUUGAGGAGAGCAGGGGGAGGAGUCGGAGGGGGGAGAGUGUUUGGGUGUAG